AUGAUUGCUGAUAGCCCACAGAUAAAACGCACUGAUAACCCAUCGAUCCUGAUCGUAGGCGCCGGAAUUGGUGGUCUCACAUUGGCAAUACUUCUUGAAAAGGCUGGUGUACAAUAUGAGAUCUUUGACCGUAUGGCUGAGAUCAAGCCUUUGGGUUCUGCAUUGAUGCUCGGUUCAAAUGUAACCCCAUUGUUCAAACAACUUGGGAUCUACGAUGAAUUUAUUUCGCUGGCCAGGGUUGUCUAUUCUGUCGAUACCCUUAAUGAAGAACGUGAGAUCGAAGUACCCAUGCCCUUGGCACCCAUUGUCGAAAUGGGUGGGCAUAAGAAUUACAUUGUUACUCGAUCUGUGCUCUAUGAUUUACUCCGUCGUCAGAUCCCCGCCCAAAAAGUCCAUUUGGGUAAACGUGUGUUGAGUUUCACACAGGAUGAAUAUGGAGUUGAACUUCAAUUCUCGGACGGAUCAGUCGCUCUUGGAGAUGUUCUUGUGGGAGCUGAUGGUGCCUAUAGUGCUGUUCGUCAGAGUCUAUAUAAGGAAUUGAAGAAGGAAGGAAAAUUACCCAGUUCAGACGAUGGAUCUUUACCGUUCAGCUGUGUUUGUCUAGUUGGACAGACCAAACCUCUGGAUCCGAUUCAAUAUCCUAGAUUGAAUAAAGAGUAUUGCGAAUUCAAUUAUGUGAUUGGCAAGGACAAGCCGUACUCGUGGGCAACUUGGACAACCAGAGGCAACAUCUACUGCUGGAGUGUAACUCUCUAUCUUAACAAAGAGAGCUCCAAAGACAAUGACAGUUUCCGAAACUCAGAGUGGGGUCCUGAAGCAGCAACAGCAAUGAGUAAGGAUGUCCGAGAUUUUCCGGCUGUAGGCGAAUAUCUUGACAAUGGCCUGACCAUCGGGAACCUUAUCGAUAAUACCCCCUUGGUAUCCAAGGUCAUGCUAGAGGAGAAAGUCUUUGGUACCUGGUAUCAUGAACGCACUGUCCUUUUAGGCGAUGCAUGCCACAAGGUCCAUCCAGCAAGUGGUUCAGGCGCAGUGAACGCAAUCCAUGACGCCGUUGCAUUGGCCAACUGGCUCAGUGUCUUGAAUUCGAAUAAGGUAGUUCAUAUUGAGAGGAUCUUCAAGGAGUAUAGAGCCGAACGAUACCCUGCUGCGCUGGCAGCUUUUGCGUCUGGACAAACACUUUCUAAACUUAGAGCGUCGGGAUGGAAGGCAGCAAUAGCAAGGUUCAUUGUACGGAAUCUACCACUCUGGUUGUACAAGAUCAUGCUGAAGAAUCUGGUUGCCCAUCGUCCUCAAGUUUCAUUCUUGCCUUUGGUGGAUGACAGCAAAGGAACAUUGGCAGCGAAACAUCAGCCAAGUUUAGAAAAGACUUUAGCAAUCCAUAAGAAAUUGGAGGAAAAGAAAGCCUCAACCCCCUCUGUCAAAACUACCUCGGCAUCAGCAGCAGUGGCAGCAGCAACCGCCAUUUAGGGGAUAUGUGCAUACAUGUAUAUAUAUUUCUAAUGGCUCUUUGAAAGUUCAUUAAUCCAUCCAGCAAAUACCGAAUUCAAUUUUAAAAGAAGUAAUUUUACGCGUCAAAGACACAUAAUUUUCCC